CCACCGUUGCGGCCGCAGCGGUGGUAGUGGUGGUCGCUCGUGGCCUGUUGCGCCACGACAGCAACUCGUCCGCCGGGCCAGACACAAACUCAGCGGCUUCCCAGAACUAACUCCGCAACCUUCAUCCGGCGGCUGCAACAGGUGAAGUGGACGAGCCAAGUUAUCCGCCUCCGGAGGUGCUGCCGCGAUUGUGUUAGAAGGUUGUGAUUGUGCGUUCAGGUCGCGCGCAGAGAAGAGCAGCGUCGCGACAACUGCCGAGUUUAACCUCUGGAAACGAAGAAAACAAAACGGGAACAGAAAACCGGCUGCCGCGGCGGCGAGGCACUACAAUAGUGCAAGUGAAACUUCUUUUUCCUCUACGUUUGCGUACUCCAUUGUGAUUACAGCCCCCAAUGCGUGUGCGGCGGGGCGAGUUUUGUGUUUUUCCUCGUGACUGACGUCUUCUCUGCGAGCCACGUGUUCGCUCGAGACCGGCGACGCGGUUGGGGCCGACGUGCCGGCCGGCGUCGCGGAGCGUAGACUUUGCCGAUGCAUCGGCGGUGGCCUGACCUGGAUUUGGGACACGUUCCAGCCCCCGGCGACCGAUCAUGAGAACCAUUCCUGAGAUGGUGGUACCGAACGUCCACACACGACCAAGGAUGACACGAGUGGAGACGGGUCCACGCCACCUUUCGCGAGAAGCUCGCAGCUCAUCCCUGCGGCACUGAAACACUGAACUGUCUGUCCACGUUCACCUUCGCAGAAGUGGGUGUGGUAUACGUUGCGCAGUAUUCGUAUACAAUCGAAUCAAAUCUACGCGUUCGACGAUGACUCUCAUCAGCAGUGACAGGCAGCGGUUCGCCCGCGAUGACAGCGUCUCCAGUAUUGGCACCAUGACCAACUCUCAGAGCAACGAGCCCCUGGUGGUCGGCAAGGCUCCCGUCGUCCCAGAUGCACUCGGUGUCCGCGACACCGCCGUGCGACCACACUCGACCGACGCCGAUGUCUCCGGCGACGCGGGAGGAACCUGCGGCUGGGGCUGCCUGCGACCCCGCUGGCUUCAGCGGUUCCGCACGCCUCCGUGGGUGCUCUUCUUCCUGUGCUGGGCGGGAUUCCUCCAGGGACUCAUAGUGAACGGCUUCGUCAACGUCGUCAUCACGACCAUCGAGCGGCGCUUCCAGUUGCGCAGUUCCGAGAGUGGUCUGGUGGCCAGCGGUUACGACAUCGCGUCAUUCGUUCUUUUGGCGCCCAUCAGCUACUUCGGGGGCACUCGCAGCAAGCCGCUCUUCGUCGGCGUGGGCUGUCUCGUGCUCGGCCUCGGCGCGCUUGUCUUCUCCAUGCCGCACUUUCUAGCCGGCACGUAUGCCUUCAGCACCGAGGACGACAGCGAGAGCCUCUGCGUGGCUGUGGCCAACGCCACGCGGGGUUUCUGCGCUCACAGGGAAGCGCUGGGCGGCAGUGGUGGUGGCUCCCUGAACCAGUACAAGUACAUGUUCCUCGCCGGUCAGAUGUUGCACGGUGCUGGCGCGACGCCCUUCUUCACACUCGGCUGCACGUACUUGGACGAGAUUGUGUCCACCAAGAUGUCAUCCGUGUAUAUCGGUAUCUUCUACACUAUGGCUAUCAUCGGUCCCGCACUGGGCUACAUCUUAGGAGGCCAAUUUCUUAAGAUCUACACUGACCUCUCCGUGGACGCUUCAGUUCUCGGCUUGACGCCCUCCAGCGGUGUUUGGGUGGGAGCCUGGUGGAUCGGAUUCGUCGUGUCCUCCGUGACGGCAUUCUUGGCCGCGAUCCCCAUCAGUGCCUUUCCGAAGGUCCUGCCAGGUUCGCUGAAGCUGCAGGCCCAGAAGAAGUCUGAAAUGCACCAGAAACUGCAAAAGAGCGAAGCUGUGCAAAGUGGCUUCGGUGCUCGGGCCAAGGACCUCCCGGCCUCUUUCAAGAUACUCAUCACCAACCCGACGUUUGUGUUCCUAAGCCUGGCUGGAGCCACAGAAGGCAUGCUGGUGUCUGGCUUGGCGACAUUCCUUCCGAAAGUGAUCGAGUUUCAGUUCAGCAUCGCAGCCAGCCUAGCAGCUCUAAUAAUGGGUGACCUCACUGUGGGAGUCGACCGCUUUCUCAGCGAGUGCAACAACCAGUGCCACUGCCAAAUCGAAGACUUUGACCCCAUUUGUGGAACAGACCAUGUCAUGUACUACUCAGCCUGCUUUGCUGGCUGCCAAAAAGUUCACCACUAUGGAUCAACAAAGGUCUAUGAGGAUUGCCGCUGCGUUGAUCAUCCAGGCCGGAACAUCACACUAGAAGGCAAGCAGGUGACCAUCCAGGCGGAGCGCGAUAAGUGUCCCAGCGAGUGCAACUUCCUCGUGUUCUUCUUGAUUGCAAUGUUCGUCUGCAUGGUCUUCACGUUCCUGGUCAGCAUGCCAUCACUCGCUGCGACACUCAGGUGUGUAGCAGCUAGCCAAAAGUCUUUCGGCCUCGGUAUACAAUGGAUUGCAGUGAGGCUAUUAGGAACCAUUCCAGCACCAAUUCUGUUCGGAUUCCUCAUUGACCAGAGCUGCGUGCUAUGGCCUGGCUCGUGCGAUGAGUCUGGUGCAUGUGCUGUCUACGAAAAUGGCCAGAUGGCACGCAACCUUCUGGCACUCCUGGCCACCGUAAAGUUCCUCUCAUGCCUAUUCUUCUUCCUGUCGUGGCUCCUAUACAAAGCACCUGAAGGCGGGGACGAGGAAGAUGGUGACAUUGAUGCGACUGACAAAGAAGAGUCUGGCAUUGCCACCAUCAAGCAAAAAAGAGUGGUUACGGCACCGUACAAAUCUGCUACAAAUGGAUCUGUAGCAACAGAGCAGCAGCAGCACCAGAAGCAGAAUCAUCACAAUAGCGAUAGCAGUACAUGGUUUUGAACACUCCCAAGCCAAAAAGGCUGCAAGUAGAAAUAGCCUGAAUCUAUGCAGGCUACUUUAAUUCAUCUUGAUGAUGUGCACUUGGAAUUGCAGGUAUGGGCUUUCGACACUGUGUGUCCGCAACUACCAAGUUUUGUAAUUAGCACCAGCAUGGGGAGAAAGCUUCAAGUGGCUGCUACAAGUAUCAUUUCUAGGCACAGUUCACGGAGCUUGCAUCACAGAUCUUGCAUCAUGUGCAUAGCCAACGUACGAUUUCCCUAUGAAAGGGCUACUAGAUGCAGGCCCAUAAAAUUUUAGCUGCACUAGAACAGUACUAUCUGCCGCAAAGCCACACUGGCAAGCAACAUCCAUUUGUUACAAUUAGUAACUGCUAUGGAUGCCUGAAAGACCUUCACAAAUCUUGCCAUGUACAAGCUGUGUAUUUUGCAACCAAAUCUUGCAACUGGCACCACAAUAUGACGUUAUUCAAACAACCAAUGCACCUUCCUGAUCACCAUCUGUUCAUAAAACCACAAAGCCCAUGUAUCUAUCACCUUCCUGCCAGCACACAUACAGUAAACUGGUCGAAGAACUUUAAGAAAAGACAAUGUUAUGAAUUGUACACUUCAGCAUGAUGUUUCAUGCAGAUGAAGUAGCUGCAGUGUAUUGACUGCCUACAGAAUUUCAUCAUCUGAAAACUUUCAAAAACUUCUUGGAUGCCCGAGACUUCGUGCAAUUUUUCGUCUGCAAGUGUCGCAUAACUUCAGCAGCAUCGACAUGUGAUUCUCAGAGUAUGUUGUGCAAGUCUUCAAGCUAGUGAUUUCGUGUGAGUGUGUGUGAGGAACUGAAGGUGUGCGCUGUACUAAGAAUUGUGUAAACUGUGUGUUGCUGGAUGUCUCGUUUAGAGUUGAGGUGUUGAAAAAAAGGGACCUCAUUUGGUGGAUUGGUAGACAAUGCUGCUUUGGUGAAAUGAGCAUCAGAACUUUGGCAGGAAUGCUACAAGCUAUUGUUAGUGCCUGUUCCUGGAAGAUUUUUUGUGGUCUUUGUAUUAUGAUGCCCUUACAAAUUGGUGGGGCGACAUAUCUGUAUAUGUGUAGUGUCCGUAAAGCAUUUGCACUUACGUAGUGUGCACACAGCUCACAUUAGGGCAAAACAUGCAAUGCAGCUCUCACGUAUCCUUUUAUUUCGGAAGUACGCAGUCUGAAACUGUUUUGAAAUCACUAUUAUUUGUACUACAACAGAAAGCAAAUCUACAUUUGCUGCUGUAAUCUUUGCUGACAGGACAGUGCCCUAAAUUACUAUUUUACAGAUACUAGCAAACUUAUAGUGCAAGAAUACUGGCAACAUUUAGUUCAAUUGUUAUUCAUAGCCAUUCAAACAUGAAAUAUACAUGGGGUCCACUCCAGCUUUUGAAUACAAGAACACCUUCAUAUGUUGCAUUCAUGCCAGUUAAAAAAAAAGGAAGUUUCAUAGGUUACUCCUAAGCUCAUGCCAUCUUCUACAGCCCAAGGGCAGCUUUAAAAUGAGAAAUGCUAAUGUAUGGUGUGGUCCUAUACUAAAGCAAAUAUUAUAUUUUUAUUUCUAAAACAGGGAAUAAUUUAUUUAACCCCGUCACAAGCAUAUCAGGCCAAGCACUUGUAAAGUUAUAUAUUGCAAAACCUUGUUGUUUGCAUUCCAUAGUCUUAUAUAAACUAUUGGUUAAUUGAGAGUUUGGAGCAUAAUGGUCUAGUGUUCGUUUGUUACUUCUGUGAUAGUGAAUCAGGUGACAUUUAUUUCACACAGAAUGAUAGAAGCCGAAGCUAGCGUGAUUGUCAGCAAACCUGAUGUAGUUAUAUUAACACUGCCACUUUUCCGGUCAGUUUUUUAAUGCUCGUAUGUUUAUUUCUAUUCUGGUAAUUGAAGUACAGCAGUUUUCAUAUUAAUGUUUGGUUUUGUUACAUUCCCUAAUGCUGCCUACCUAACACCUUUUUCUUUAUUACAGUAAUGCUGCGAAUGACUCUUGGGUAGUGGGUGAGUGAGCAUGCGUAAACGGUUAAAUUCAGCCGUUUAACUACCAAGCCCGUCGUCACACGGUAAUAACUGCUGUGAAGUACAAUGAAUGACUGUGCAUAUCGCUUUCAAAGGUAUCAUUAAUGCAUCAUUUGACGUCUUUAGCUGUCUUACAAGUUACUUGCUCCUCAAAACUAGUGUUCCAAACUGACUGACUCGUGGCAAACAAAUAUUACCAUGUGGAGGUAUAAUCAUGUUUCAGUAUUUCUACCAUCACCCUUCAAAGAAACAAAAAAUUUUUGUACAAAGCAUAAACUGUAGCAAAGCCCUGUCUAUUACAAUUGAAUGGACACUAGUGCAAACACAGCGUGACAUCAGAUUUGUAUAGUCGUCAAGCGUUCUACAACAAUGAGAAGGUCUUCUUGCCUUCUAUGUCACUGUACAGAUGCAAAUUUUCUAUAAAAAAUUACAAAC